AUGGAGCAGCUUCAGCACACCAUGCCACUUGUCAAUUCCUCCUUCUAUCAGCCUUCCACCUUCCUCCUGACGGGCUUUCCAGGGCUGGAAGCCAAUCACCACUGGAUCUCCAUCCCUUUCUGCAUGUUCUAUCUUGUCGGCCUUUCAGGGAACUGCCUGAUCCUGAUCAUCAUCAAGAAGACCCAAAGUCUUCAUAAGCCUACGUACUACUUCCUUUCCAUGCUGGCCGUGAUGGACCUGGGCUUGGCUUUGUGUACCCUUCCUACCACGCUGGGCAUCUUUUGGUUUAAGAUCAGAAAAAUUGAGUUCAAUGCCUGUCUCACCCAGAUGUAUUUUAUCCAUAUACUGUCAGUGAUGGAAUCCUCGGUGCUCCUAGCAAUGGCCUUCGAUCGUUUCAUCGCUAUCUCCAACCCUCUGAGAUAUUCGUCCAUCUUGACCAAGCCAACCAUCAUAAAAAUAGGGCUGGCAAUUGUUUCAAGAGCUGUGAUCUCCCUCUUCCCAAUACCCUUUCUGCUCAAGAGGCUAACCUACUGUGGGAACAAUGUGCUUUCCCACUCAUUUUGCUUUCACCCUGAUAUCAUGAAGCUGGCCUGCGCGGAUAUAAAAGUCAACAUCCUGUAUGGUUUAAUUGUCAUUCUUUCAACGGUGGGUGUGGAUUUUGUGUUCAUUGUGCUAUCAUAUGUUCUGAUCAUUAAGACUGUGGUCAGCCUCACGACCAAGGAAAAAUGUCUCAAGGCUUUGAACACAUGUGUCUCCCAUAUCUGUGCCGUCCUAAUCUUCUUCAUCCCAAUGAUUGGACUGUCCGUUCUCCAUCGCUGUGGUGACAAUGUUCCCCCUAUGGUUUACAUUGUGGUGGGCUAUAUCUACCUUAUUGUGCCCCCUGUCUUAAAUCCUAUCAUAUACAGCGUCAAAUCCAAACUGAUCCGCAGAGCCAUGCUCAGAACACUGUGGUGGAAAAAUGAGUCAAUGUGA